CAGAGGUGGUAACGUGGUCGGAGACCUGACGCUCCGAUUGGAUCCGGAAGCCGUGUGCUCAGAGGCUCUCGAGUGGGGUACCCACAGUCAUGCUGUUACCCCGGCAAACUCUCACACACAGCCAGUCCAAGUCACAGUGUGAGACAGCAUUGGUGUGGCGAGGAAGAGCGCGCGCUUGAGCAUAUCCAACAGAGACUUGGGAAUGCAAAGAAGGCGCCCGAAGUCAUUCGCGUUGUGUACGUCGAUGUAAGCGUAUCGCACUUUUAUCGCAGUGUUUCAACGGCAAAUCUGUAUAGUAUUGAUCAGUCUUUGCAAAGGGAUUUGUCACUCAAUCCCCAUAAUUGGUGGGUCUGACGAUGAGUUGGAAGUUGUGAGAAUCUGUGCAGAAAGCGAUGCAGAAAUUGUGACAUUGCCACAAACAGAGAAAAAAAGAAGAGGAAAAGAACAGGAAAUAAUUAUUAGAUUGUUUGAAAGUUGAUAAAGUGUAUAGUGCCAUUUUUUAAUUUUAUCAAUUACUUUCAUUUAUGUAGCGAAAGAGAUAAGACACUGUUUUAUAUGUUGUGAGUCGAAGGCGGUGGAGGACUUGAAAAAAUAAUAUUGAACAAUUUAUUGUCAAAAAAAAGACUCAAGUGGAGAUAAGGCAAUAUUGCAUGUGGUUCAGCAGUGUGGCUUUUCUGAGACAAUUAACUUUGUUUUUGAGCGAGGGAGAGAGCAAAUAUUCACGGUCAAGGUGAAUCACAUGAAAAAGGUGAUUAGUGACUUAGAAGUUAUAUGAAAUAUUGUGCUUAUUAAUCACCCCAGAAGCAUUUGUGACAGUUUGCGGAGAUUGUUUAAUGUGAAAAUCACUGUAAACUCUAUAUAAAAUAUAAUUCACUGAGCUCUUUUUGUGCAGACCAGAUCAAGUUGAUCGCUUGGAUAGCCGUUUGACGAUAUCGUGAUUUUCACCACUUCCUCGCUAAAUCACUAAACGUUCAAAAGGAUUUUUUCUGUCACGGAAGUAAAGCGAGCCCCUGUUGAGAGGCUCGCGCUCAAAACUUAACAAAAUUCGCGUGAAAAAUCGUGAUCCCGUCCCUGUUUAUGUUGCUAUGGACGGCGGACGGAUCGACAGAGACUCAGAUUUAGGUGACGAUUCUCCAAUGUCUCACACAGACGAGCAAUCAGACGAGCGGGAGGAUGACAUGAGAGAUUGUGAUUCCAGCGACGAAGGAGUGAAUGUUAAUGCUAAUAGUACACCAAUGGUGUCGUCCGGAAUGGAAUUUCAGAGGAGUCCAGAGCAUCAGUCUGAAUCGCACUUGAAUGCUCCGCAUCAUUUUGGCCAAAAUCAUCCACUGGGGGUCUUGGGCAGCCUGACUGCCCUCAAUAUGGGUGUUCCGGGCCUUCAGGGUCUCCAAGGAUUGCACGGUUUGCAGCAUGGUGACGUGCUUGAGAAAUUAAAGAUGCAAGUGCGCGAUAUGAAAGUUGGACUCAUGGAUCAAGAUUUCUCCUUGCAUGCGCCUUUCGGUGCGGCAUCCCUUCAAGCACCCUCUAAUGUCCCAUUUUCGAUGCCUCCGCUUGGGGGCGGUCAUCGCGGAAGUGGCGGAGGAGAGCCUCAGAAUUUGUCGUCGUCGCAGCAGCAGUCAAAUUCAUCAAAUGGCUUCCCCUUCACACCGCCAAAUGCUCCGAACAGCAGCAGCAAGGAUGCCAAUCCGGGAUCAAACUCCUCCACAUCGAGUGAAACGUCCAAUUCGUCUCAGCACCAAAACGGCUGGAGCUUCGAGGAGCAAUUCAAGCAAGUGCGACAGCUAUACGAGAUCAAUGACGAUCCCAAGAGAAAAGUAUUCCUGGAUGAUCUCUUUUCAUUCAUGCAGAAACGAGGAACUCCAAUUAAUCGUCUACCGAUCAUGGCAAAAUCCGUUCUGGACCUGUAUGAAUUGUACAACUUGGUAAUCGCACGCGGUGGUCUGGUCGAUGUGAUCAAUAAGAAGCUGUGGCAAGAAAUCAUCAAGGGACUCCACUUGCCCUCGAGUAUCACGAGUGCUGCUUUCACACUUAGAACACAAUACAUGAAGUACUUGUAUCCGUACGAGUGCGAUAAGGAGAAUCUGAGCACACCGGCAGAACUUCAGGCGGCAAUUGACGGCAAUCGGCGCGAGGGACGUCGUUCCAGCUAUGGACAAUUUGAUCCACAGAUGCAGGGUCAAUUGCAAAUGCCUCCUGUUCAGCGUUCCCCGGUCACUUCGAACAUUCAGCAAAUGUCUCCGCUGUCCCUCGUGACGCACGGCAAUGCUCCGUCUGCCCAUCAUCGGCUCAUGGGUGCCCCAACGGUGGGGCAGAUGCCCAACAUAAUGCCGCACGAGCUGGAGCAGCGCAUGAUGGAGUACAUAAAGUUGUUUCAGUCCGCAAAGGAACCCCGCCGAUCACAGAGUCCCGAGCUGUCGCGCGAGGCUCUCAAUGCUCUCGAAAUGUCACGCGUGGCCAUGUGGUCGAUAUAUAACAACAACGCGAGCCCACCGACCCCCCUCAACACGACCAGCCCGCCGGGAACUGAACCACCACAACGGGAGGCAUUGAAUCUCUCUGACUCGCCGCCGCACGUGGCGGUGAAGCGGGAGCGGGAUCACAUGAUCGGCUCUGACUACGGGGCGGACGGUGGUCGCGAGCGGGAGUAUGGCCAGCCACCUGUGAAGAGGGGCUUCCAUCACUUCGGGGCGACGAGCGGGGCGAGCCACGAUGUCGAGCCACCGCAUCCGGCACAGAGGACCGCGGAAUCUCCCGUGUUGCACACAAAUCAGCGCAAUGGAUCGCUGGACAGCAAUCACGUGGACAAGAGCAACCGCCAUCAAAUGAACCAAAGCAGCGGCUCAGACGCAUCAACGCCCGUUCUCGCGGGAAUGCAAUUCAAAAUCACAAAAGGAGCGACAAAUGGUGAGCAACAGCUCGUCGUGACGAUGGAAGUGAACGGAAUGCUCUAUGAGGGAGUUCUCUUCGCCCAUUCUGCUGCUUCAUCCGCCACCGCCAACUCCACCGAGACUUCAGCAGCCAACGCGCUGUCCAACAACCGCGACGACGCCGAUUCACCUGCCCCGGACUCUCAGGCCAGCGCCAGCAAUUCCAUGGAGGAGCGAUCGAGUCGCGUCGCGCGCCCGCUUGUCUCCUCGUAAAUCUACACGGCGACGGACUCUGACUAUCGGCAAGAACUCGAAAAAAAGGGGAAGAUUGUGUGUGGCUGGCGAUAGCGCUACAAUUUACUACUUCAAUCUUAAUCGCUAUCGUAUGAUUUUUUUUCGCAUAACUACAAGAAGAAAGUUGAAAAAUAACAACCGAUUUUAUGUUGAUUUCUCUCUGAAUUCAUGACAAAGAAGGAUAUUGAGUAUUAAACGUAAGAAGAUGUAGGUGAACUAUUGUCUUUGCAAUAAUAACUGAUUAAACAAGUUUCAAUGGAAGCGUCUAUAUGGUAGAAUAGCUGACGUAGUGUCAUGUCUAAGGAUGUUUUCUCCGUAUGAAUGAAUUGUUUUAUUUUUUGUCUCGAGUCUAUUCACGAAUUUUUAUUAUUGUAUAUUUUUAUAUCAACCCAAUUUACAUCACAAUCAUUUUAUUAAAUGUAAUCACAUUUUCCUCCAUUUAUUAUUGCAUUGCUGUAAGAACAUAAUAUGAUGGUCAUUUCUUUCUCAGUGUGUAAGUGUUGAAGAGCAAUUAGAUGAAAAUUUGCCAAAAAGACUGUUUUGUUUGUAAGAUUUAUAAGAGGAUAAUUUGUAAUUUAAUGCAAAAUGGAACACUCUCAUUGAUUUUCCUAAUGCUUAGAAAAUAGAGGGAAGACACCAAAUAUUCUUCUCUCAGAGGAUCUUUAUUUAGAGAAUCAUUCUUUUUUUUAUUAUUAUUUUUAAUUUCUCCAAGACAAGAAAGUUGCAAUGCUUUUACUUUUAAUAGGAAUACAUAAUCUUAGAUAUUUAGAGAAGAAAUAUAUCUAUCAAUUUACUCGUAAGGAGAAUAUAUUAGAAUCGUUGUAAAGUAGCUGAGAAGAUGAUUUGUGGAGGGCAUAAGAGGUCCUUUAUUCAAUGUAAAAAUACUUUCUCUGUAAUAAUUACACCCUAAAUAUAACUAGAAAGCCAUUUUUGUCCAAGGUACAUUUCUUAAGUUGGGGAGAAUCAUUAAUGUGAACAAUCUUUUAUCCAUGAAUAUUGUCAAUGUGAGUAGCAAUUAAUGUAACUUAUUGAGAAAAGGAGAGGAAUGCUAUUUAAAAUAUGCAAGCAACAUUAUACAUUUGAAUGAGUAAAUGACACAUAAGGAUAACUUAGGAGAAAUAACCGUAGAUUUUUUUUUGAGGAAAGUUAUAAUUUCUAUGCAUAAUUUAGAGAUGAUUUGUGAUGCGAAAUCUCUGCAAAACACACAUUUUAUUACCACUUCAAUUAGGUAAAAUAUUCCAUUUCAUUUUUUGUCUUGAGAAUGAAAAAAUCAUCCUUUUCUGCACUCCUCGUUUCACGUAUAAAGUGUUGCAAAAUGUGUGUGAAGAAAUAAACAAUUAUUUGUGAAUAUGUCCAAGAACAAAAAGUCUAUUUUUGUUUAAAAUAUAAUUCAAGAGAAAUUAAAUUAUAAGAAAUAUUUGAGAAA